CUGCUCAAAAAGCUGACUCCUCUUCUCAUGUCGCCCUUUCGCCCUUUCCUCUCUCUGAUGGCAUGGUGAAAGGUGGUGAGUCAACCAGUUGCGCAGAACAGUGUACACAAAUGCGCCAGGCAGCAACGCGCCUUCUAGCUGCCAAGCAUGGGCCCCGCUAAGCGAUGGUAUAUAUCUACCACAACCAUCACUUGGUUUUUAUUCUCCAGAACCCGACCAUCUCUUGGUCGGAGUUUUCUUCCAGCGUCACCACAUACCAUAACUUCGAGCAUAGCGUCGAGCAUUGCUCGUCUAGAUAGCACCAUGGCCGCUUCAGCCGCUAACGAGCUUCCAGUGCGCACCGCACCAGCUGCCGAUACAACAAAGAUGGAUGCCCCAAAGCAUUCCGUUCUUAACUCGACUUUCCCUGUUCUUCUCCCGCAAGACGACCUAUUGUUCAUGCCAGAGCCGGAAUUUCAGUCCUCCAUCCGGAAACUCGUGGCUCAAGGCGAGCCAGCAGAAGAUGAGCCCAUUCUCAUCGAGAACAGCACAUCCUCCUCAGGCUUCCCGUCGAGCCCCUCGAAACGACGUGCUCUUGCUGACGCUGAAAAUCCCCGCCCCAAGAAGUCAGCUUUCAUGAACGGCCUGUUCCAGGAUGCUGCCCAUCAGAUGACCGCUGAGGAUUUGGCAGCCCAGAAUAAGACGCUCACCGCAAAUGCUGAUGUCACCAACAUCUCCUCAAAGAAUCCUCUGGUUGAUCUAUUCUAUGACCUUGCAGAAUUCACUGCGGACGACAAACUGAAGAUCCUCUUGGAGCAUGCAUGGAAAGAGGAUUCCUUGAUGACGCUGAAAAUCAUCUUCAAUACCCGAAGCAUUCAUUUAGGAAAAAGUAACAAGAUUGCGACCUACAAAGCUAUGGGCUGGUUAGCCGAGAACCACCCUCUCACGCUUCUUGCCAGUCUCAAGUGGUUGGUGCGGCCCAUCAUCGAGAAAAGGGCACCGAAACCAGAACAAAGAGAGACAGCAAAGGAUGAAGACUUUGCCAUGGUCGAGGUAGAUGGCGCCAAUAGUGAAAACCCUGAGAAGGCUCAUGAUGUGCGUUUUGGUGUUUCUCACGGGUACUGGAAGGAUCUUCUGAAUCUUGUUGCUCUUGCUGCGAAUAACGAACUUAAGUUCAAUGGCAACCCAGAAUCCGUUCUUUCCCAACAUCCGGAUAAAUCUGCCUCUGGUAAGCGCAAGCGAGAGUGGGAUCCAGCAAACGCCAAGGUGCUCCGCACGCAGAAGAAGUUGGAGCGUCACGACCGCGUUUUGCGGAAGCUAGAGGAUGACGGUUUCUAUCGUGCCCUCCACACCACGGUGGCUCGCCUCUUCGCCAGCCAGCUAAAAGAAGAUGCCGCAAACCUUGCUUCCGGAGAAAAGGCCGAUAUGAAGAAACUAUCUCUGGCCGCAAAGUGGGCACCUACUUUUGGUGAAUUCCAUGAUAAACACACCUUCAUACUGUCUUCGAUUGCGGAAAUCCUAUUUCCCAAGCCCGAAGAAGUCUGCCCCGACGCCACAAACCGUGAGCUCUACCUACGAUAUGCGCGCGAAGUCUAUCGACGCAAAAUUGGCUCCCCUCUUCGCAAAGCUUUAUCUGUCGUCGAACGUGAGAUUGCUUCAAACAAUUUCGAGGCAAUCCAUUACGAUCGCGUGCCAAGCCUCGCCAUGGAUCGAUACACCAAGCUGUUCUUGCGAAAAGACUUUGACCACUUUUCGCGCUUCGUAAACAAGGUUGCCGAAGGGUCCGUGAAUAUCUCUGGCGCAACUCUACUACCGUCAACGCUCGUCAGUAAAGCUCGGGUGGCUGUCUAUCACACUUCUGAUGAAGCAAAAAAUCUUGCCGCAGUCAAGGCCAAUGCACAAGCCAGCAUAACGCGGAAAGUGAUAGAUGGUCAAUGGAAAACGUUGGUACAGCGGGUCCGGGACUCGGGCGUGCUGGAAUCUUCAAUCGGCGUCUGCGAUGUAAGUGGCAGCAUGGGCCACCCCGUCUUCAAGGAUAACACCUGUCCCAUGGAUUCUUCGAUUGGCCUGUCUUUACUCCUGGCAGAAGUCACGGCCCCUCCAUUCGGUGGCGCGUUCAUCUCGUUCUCCGAAUCACCGACCGUCGUGAGUGUUGGUGGCGAGUAUGAUAAACGCGGUCUCGUCGAUAAAGUGGCCGCUAUCAGCAGAGCUCCAUGGGGAUACAACACAAAUUUCACUGCCGUCUUCGAGGACUUGAUCCUGCCAAUGGCUGUGAAGGCUGGUCUGAAGCAGGAGGAGAUGGUGAAGCAGGUGUUUGUUUUCAGCGAUAUGCAGUUCGACGAGGCUGAUGAACAUACAAACCGCUGGACCACAUCUUUCGACCGUAUCAAGGCCAAGUUCGAGGCUGCUGGCUACGAGAUGCCGAGGCUCAUUUUCUGGAAUUUGGCCUCGAAGAGCUCCGACAAGCCGACCACGAUGGAUGACAUCAACACGGCCUUAGUGUCUGGUUAUUCGCAAGGUAUGCUCAAGGUCUUCCUGGAUGGUGGUGGCUUCGAAGGAGAGGGAGAGGAAGAGAUUACGGAGGAGGAGAUGGAGGAUGAAGACGGUGUUGUUCAGGUGAAGAAAGAGAAGAAGAAAAUGGAUCCGUUGACCGUCGUCAAGAAGGCCGUCUCUCACAAGGCGUACAGCAUGUUGAACGUCGUCGACUAGAGUUGGGAACCCGAUGUUGAUUGAAGGUUUUCAGACAUAUUUCAAAACCGUCAUCAAAAGUGUAUAGUAAAUACAGUCUCCUAUCUUGGAACGGUUGGCGAAAUGGUAGGCUGGGGAUAUGCUCCAGACGGAGCCAAA